GCUUUCGGAAUAUUUAAUCAGCACAGUUAAUAAUUGAGUUGCUUAAAUUUUCUUAUCCACAAAAAAAUACUUGAAACUUGGUCAGAGAUAUUCCCCAACAAGUAGUCUCCUGGACUUUGUCCUCCAAGAAUCAUCGUCAAUCAACCUCCUCUUUCUCUCUUCAGGCGUUUAAAACCAAAAAUGACAAUUCUUUCCUCUCUCGGAAGAGCCUCUCGAUCUGCUCCACUUGCCUCUAAGCUCCUCCUACUCGGCACUCUCAGUGGUGGGAGUUUAGUGGCCUACUCAGAUUCUAACAAAAAGGAGGAAGAGCAGAAGCAGAAGAAGAAGAAAGUAGUGGUACUUGGCACAGGCUGGGCUGGUAUAAGCUUUCUUAAAGAUCUUGACAUCUCUUCCUACGACGUUCAGGUUGUUUCUCCUCAGAACUACUUUGCCUUCACUCCAUUGUUACCUAGCGUCACUUGUGGUACUGUUGAAGCUAGAAGCAUCGUUGAGUCUGUCCGCAAUAUCACCAAGAAGAAAAAUGGAGAAAUUGAAUUAUGGGAAGCAGACUGUGUCAAGAUCGAUCCUGCAAACAACAAGGUUCUCUGCCAACCAGUUUUCAAGGAUGACCCUGAAGCAAGCCAAGAGUUUUCACUAGAGUACGACUACUUGAUCAUAGCGGUGGGAGCGCAGGUCAACACGUUUGGCACUCCUGGUGUUCUUGAGAACUGUCAUUUCCUCAAGGAAGUAGAGGAUGCGCAGAGGAUAAGGAGAGGAGUGAUUGAUUGCUUUGAAAAGGCGGUUCUUCCUGGUCUCACUGAGGAGCAGAGAAGGACAAAGCUUCAUUUUGUUAUAGUUGGAGGUGGUCCUACUGGUGUGGAGUUUGCAGCUGAGUUGCAUGACUUUAUCGAAGAGGAUAUCACCAAAAUAUACCCUUCGGUCAAGGAGCUUGUGAAGAUUACACUUAUUCAAUCUGGAGAUCAUAUCCUGAAUUCGUUUGAUGAACGUAUCAGUUCAUUCGCUGAACAAAAGUUCUUGCGAGAUGGGAUCGAUGUUCUGAUGGGAAUGCGUGUGAUGUCUGUAUCUAAUAAAGACAUCUCUGUGAAGAUCAAAUCAAGUGGAGAAGUCGUAAGCCUUCCUCAUGGGUUGAUACUGUGGUCCACUGGUGUUGGGACUCGUCCAGUGAUCAGUGACCUCAUGGAGCAAGUUGGCCAAGGAGGGAGACGAGUCUUGGCAACCAACGAGUGGUUACAGGUGAAAGGAUGUGAGAACGUGUAUGCAGUUGGAGACUGUGCUUCCAUAGCUCAACGCAAGAUCAUGGGGGAUAUUGCGAAUAUAUUCAAAGCUGCUGAUGUGGACAACUCAGGGACCUUGACAGAAGAUGAGUUACAAGACGUGGUUGAUGAUAUCAAUGUGAGGUACCCUCAGGUUGAGCUCUACUUGAAAAGCAAGCAUGUGAGGAGUAUCAAAGAUCUUCUGACUGAUUCAGAAGGUAAUCCAAAGAAAGAAGUGGACAUCAAGGCGUUUGAGUCGGCUCUCUCUGGGGUUGACUCUCAGAUGAAGAGCCUGCCUGCAACUGCUCAGGUUGCUGCUCAGCAAGGUUCUUAUCUUGCAAAAUGUUUUAAUAAGAUGGAGCAUUGUAAAGAGCAUCCUGAAGGUCCUAAGCGUUUCAGAACAGGAGGGCAUCACCAGUUUCGUCCCUUUCAGUACAAGCACUUUGGACAGUUUGCUCCACUGGGAGGGGACCAAGCAGCUGCUGAACUACCAGGAGACUGGGUUUCAGCUGGAAGAAGCACCCAGUGGCUCUGGUAUUCUGUUUAUGCCAGCAAGCAAGUUAGCUGGCGAACAAGGGCUCUGGUGGUGUCGGACUGGACAAGGAGGUACAUCUUUGGGAGGGAUUCAAGCCGUAUCUGAGAGCCAAAUCUUGUAAUGUGUUUGUGAGAUUGUCUGACCAAGAUUUUGUGUUUCUCUCUUUGGUGUACAAAGCUGUGGACUCUUUGUGAUUACUGAUUAGUGAUGAAGCCAGACCUUUUAUUCGUGAAGCUGAUAUACUUGGGCCCCGGCCCUGUAUAGACCA